UUGCUGUUAUGUCACGUGAUUAGUGCAACAAUUCAAGAUGGCAGCUGUGUGACGGUUUGAUCUGCGGCUUCUUUGCUGCAUUGGACUUCAUUUCGUGCCAAAUCAACAUAGGAUAAUAAUUGUACAAGGUCAGAAAUGGAUAGUAAAGACUAUGAUCACACUAGAAAUCUAACAUUAAUGUUCUUUUUAGAUCGUUUAAUCGAUAAAGGGCAACCUAGGACAUUACACGAUUUAUCCUGUCAGUUUGGUACUAAAGGAUUUACCAAAGAAAUGAGACAGAUCGCCGGUGGUAGCCAGGCUGGUCUUAAAAAGUUCCUUUCCCAAUAUCCUUCCCUGUUUACUAUAGAUGGUGAUCAAGUGACUGUAACCUGUUAUACUUCAUCCAGUAAUGACCCGAGUGGGAAGAAGGGGAAGAGAGAUUAUGCCUUAGAAGCAGUCGAAUAUUUUACUAAUAAGUUAGAACAAUACGGUAAUGCUGAAGUGCCAAUAAAAAGUUUACUUGGUCAUAGAUCUCAAGCUACGCCCGAAAUAAGACACAUUUCGGGCCAGCAUGUGAAGGAAUUCAAAGAUUUCUUACUCAGAUUUCCGGAUGUGUUUGUCGUAAAAGAUGAUUACGUUGUCCUGAAAAAUGUACUCGAUAACCUAGACGGCGAAGAAAAAGUUAACAUUACUAAAGUACCUGAAGAAGAGCCGCUGGAUCCACAGUUAACGAAUGAACUCAUGACAUUUUUUGAGAAUGUUAUAAGAAUGAGAGGACCUUUACCUGUUGGUCAGUUAUUUGCUCAUUUGAGUGCAAGGUAUCCGAAGGAAAUGUGGUCUAUUAUGGUAAAAAAUUCUCAAGAUCUAAUUGCAUUCUUGAAGAUGAAUUCUCAGAUAUUUCAUGUACAGUCAAACGUCGUAUCUUUAACUCCGGAACGACAACAGGCGCUGAUGGUGUCUUCGAAUAAUGCGACUAGUGUAAUGUCGACUGCUCCUACGACUGCUUCCUCUUCGGCUCAAUCUUCCCCUUCUAGUGGCAGCGGUCGUUACUCCGAUAAAUCGCAGACAUUUCAGCAGAGGUUAAAAACCCAAAUUAUGAAAGCUGUAGCUGAUAAUUCUGCUUUAGAUUAUAAAGAAAGAAUGUCUUUUGGGCCGACUAGCCAUUGCUUUAGAGAAACUUCCAAUGACAAUUUAUUUACAAAAGUAAUGAAAACUGUUAAAAUUAUUACAAAAGUUAAAGAAUGUAGCACUGUUGUAAAACAGCUGAUGUCUUCGCCCGAAUAUUCCGUGAUUUCUCUAGACGGCGAAGGAGUAAAUUUAGGUCCGUCGGGACCCAUUACUCUCUUACAAAUUGCCACUGAAAAUGAAGAUAUUUUUUUAUUUGAUCUCCUUUCUUGCCCACAGAUGAUGGUGGAAGGUAAUUUGCGAGAUGUUUUAGAAUCCAAAACAAUUACAAAGGUAAAUUCAAUUAUUUAUCUGUGUAAAUAAGCAAUAAAUUACUAG